CAUGUUGAUGUUGAAGUUACAUUUACCUUUUCAAGUUUGGAAAAUGCAGAAGAAUUUGAUCCUAGUUGGGUUGAUCUUUAUGCCCAAGAUGUAUGUGCCAUCAGGGGUUCGACAGUUCAAGGUGGACUUGGUCCAUUUGAACUUCUAACAUUGUCUUCUGAAAAUCUGGAAGAGUAUACACCUGUAUUCUUCAGAGUGUUUAAGACUCAAAAUAAAUACAAGGUUCUCAUGUGUUCUGAUGCCUCUAGGUCAAGCGUUAGAAAUCAUAAAAAGAUGUAUAAACCAUCUUUUGCUGGAUAUGUUGAUACAAAUCUAACCGAUAAAAGAUUGUCGUUACGAAGUUUGAUUGAUCACUCAGUGGUUGAAAGUUUCAGUGAAGGUGGAAAGACAUGCAUUACAUCAAGAGUUUAUCCAACAUUAGCCAUCUAUGGAGACACACAUUUGUUUGCUUUCAACAAUGGUACCGAGACAGUCAAAAUUGAGGCUCUUAAUGCCUGGAACAUGGCUAAAUCCGAGAGAUAGAUUUAAAACAUA